AUGGGGCUCGGAGGCGUGGCAUCGUCGGCGAGCGACGCAGUCGGCAAAGCCGCCGGCGCGGGCCUGAGCCCGACGGCCCUGAUACUAGUGCUAGUACUCAUCGCGGCGCUCGUCGUCGCCGCCGUCAUCAUCACCAUGCACCAAAAGAGCAAGAAGGAAGCAGCCGGGGGCGAGCACGACGACUCCAGCGGCGGCUGGAAGGAGUCCAGCGACCAGGACUUUGUCGACCCUACUUCUGCCAACACCACCACCGCCGCCAGUGGUGUUCACAGAGAAGAUGCGCUGCCGAGGGAAUUCCCCAUGCCGGGCAUGGACACGGUAGCCACUGAGAGAAGCGGUGGCGGUGAUCGUCUAAGCGUGGCGGCCGCCGGACUGCGCGAGAGUGUCGCCACGCCGUUCAGAGCCAUCGGCGCUGCCCGCCACCAGAACAAGCAAUACGUCCUCAUCCGGCUCGACGACGUUGAGCGCGGCGGCGGUGCCGGGCCCGCGCUGAGCGUGCCGGACCGCGCGCUCACCCAGCAGGACUACGUGUCUGUGUCGUCGGAUGUGAUUCCGCGCAGCCACGGGUGGACCAGAACCUCUUCAACCGAUAUCCUCUACGAGGGCUCAAAGGCCAACAUAGCGCGCAGCAGGUUUAGCAGCUGCUCCCUCAUAUCCGGGGAGAGGUUGAAGGCUUUCUCCUCGACGAAGGACGCCAGGGGCCACGCGAGCGGCUGGCUUUCAUCGAACCAGUUCAGCUUCUCCGGGUUCGCCCAGCCCUCGAAGUUCUCGCAGGCCUAGUCGGCAGAGUACCCCGUCGUCCACGCCGACGCAGCGUGCCGAGAGUAAACCGCAGCGUGCUGAGCAGCGCCUCGAAGCUCUCGAACCCCAGGAUGACGAGUAGACGCCGCGCCUAGACUUCAAAAAUGCAGCACGCCAGUGCCCACACGCCGGUCGCUUUGGGCGGGGCGUAGCUGAAGCAGAGUUCGGCGGGAAAGUAAGAUAUUAGAAUACCCAGUCCCGUAGGCGGCUUGUCGGCGCCGAAAC